AUGACAAGAACAAACAAAUGGAAUACCGACCACUCCCACCUACACAGGGAUGUUGAGCCAAAGUAUUUUUCAAAGAGCGGUGGUCAUCUUGACCAAGAUCCAAGCAAGGUCAAGAAGAACGGCCACGGAAAGGGAAACUGGGGUUCCCUAGGUGAUGAGAUCAAUGACAUUGUUGAUUCUGAGGAAGGAUUGGGCUCUUUAAACAAACGUCGAGGUUCCAACCACAGUUUCAACGAGGAAAAGAUCCGCAACAUUCAAAGCUACAAAGGGCCUGGAGCCGUUUUAGUUGAUGAGGACGAAGAAACCGAAUAA